CUAAAUUUACAAUUAGUUCAUUUUCUCCCACUCCUGAUAAACUGUUUGACCCGACAAGUAAACAAAUUGUCGUUCUUUUCAUCAAAACUCAAUAAAAUGUCACUAUUUUACGUGACGUUCCUCUUCCUGGCGAUAAACAGUGCCAUCGCAAGCCCAGUUUUGCAAUUCAAACCUACACCAAGACAAAGCGACUCAGGUUUGAUUUGGUUUGUGCCACAAACUCGAACCACAUAUCGGCAUUAUGUCGAAGAUUUAGACAAAUUCCUUACAAGGUACAAGAACGGGCAAAAGCCUGCAAAUGUGUGGAAAUGUGACCCAAAUGAGACACCUCCCCAAAAUGUAAUUUGUGAUGUAGAUGUUAGAGCUUUGGGACCUUGUAGUACAGCACCUGAUUACUGUUUUUAUCGCGCACAAAUCUGCAUUUUUCUCAAAUUAAGCCACGUCACGAAUUGGGUCCCGGAGUUUUAUAACAGCACAAACUGGCCCUCCGAUAUGCCACUCUCUUUGAAACAGACUAUACACGAAGAGGAAGAAAGAGGAACCCACCGGAAAAUUUGGGUGACUUGUGACGGGGAAACUCCGGCUGAUAAAGAGAUGAUUGGAGCCUUGGAUUACAAGCCAUCGCAGGGCUUUUCCCGCCAAUAUUUUUCCAUUACAGAUACCAAAAAUUAUCUCAGUCCUUUGAUCGCUGUUCAUUUUGAACGACCACGAACCGGGGUUCUGAUUAAUGUCGAAUGCGCAGCGUGGGCGAGGAACAUACCACGGAAAAACAAGCAAGGAAUUGCUCGAUUUGGAUUAUUGCUUGAAGACAUGUUGUGAAUUAUCAGAGGUCAUUUCUUAUCACUGUACUUUAGUUUGAACUUGUAAUUUACAGAGUGUGAACAAGAAAAAUUAAAACUGUUAAAACCUC